AUCUGUUGAAGGAUGCAAAAGUUGAAAUAUUCCCAAAAAUAUUGAAAUUUUAAGCUGAAAGAGGUACGUAAUACUGAAUAGCAAAACACUUAAUCAUAUGUAACGCCGAAGAAAGAAAAUAACAAAACAUUUAAUCAUGUAUUUUGUUAUUUAAAUUAGGUCUUCAUUCCGCAUUUUUUGAAGCAAAUAAAAAACAAGACACCAGUGGGAACAACCCCCUAAAAGCAAAUAGUUAUUUUUUCCGAAAAUUUCUGAUCUUCUCGGAAAUAUAAAAUGCUUGCCUCUUUUUACCUGAGUGUUACACUCGAGAGGAAAGAUCUUAAAGGCGAAGGCCCCGUUCACAUUGCUCCGGAUUGAAAUGGAAACAUAAAAAGAAACCGGGUUCAAGUAAAAACGUAUAAAAAGUAACCAGACUGCUGCGAAAACGGAGACUUUUGAAAACAGAGCGUUUUUGGAAACGCAAAAUGCAAUGUGCACACCGAAAACGGAUACUUUUGAAAACGCUAACAACAACGGCUCUAAACAUGGCUGAUUCACUCGAAGUUAGUAAACUGAUCGGAGGAAUAUCAGUGGCAGUGAGUUGUUUGGAAAGUUUAUUAGCAGCCAAACCACGUUUGUUGUCACGUUUUCGUGGCGUUUUCCUUUUCGUCCAGAGCGGAGCAAUGUUAACGCUUCAUCGUUUUCAUACCGUUUUCAGACUGUAUCCGGAGCAGUGUUGUAAUGUAUUAGGCAUGAACCAUUUUAUACUAGCCUCGGAUUGGAGUUGAUAGAUUAGAUUAAAUCAGGGUCGGAGUGAAAACAUGGCGUCUUGUCUCGUGUGCUUUCUAGGUCUAGCGUUAGGUCGCAGCGGAUCUUAGGCAUAGCGCGCGCAUACACAACAAGUGUGAAAAGGUAAAACGGAUCAAUAUGAAAACGGAUAAAAACGAAUACGGAGCAAUAUGAACAUAGCCUAAUAUAGCUAAUUUUUCAGUUAUUCUGAAUCAAAUCGGCAGUCUCUAUUGAUAAAAUAUGGUACUUAAAAUGCUUUUUUUAGAGGAGAAGACUAUAAAAUUCAAUUCAAAUUCAAUUCAGUUAAUAUGAUUAAUGACAAUUGACUUCCAGUAAAUGAUUAGAUUUCAUCGUCUGUUUUAUUUUAGUUCUAAUUUAAUUAUGUUAUGAAAAUCUAUGAAAAAAUUAAAAUUGUUUGCUAGAUGUUUUGUCGGUAAAUUUCAGUUUUUCGCACCUUUUAUGAAAUAUCCUAUCUACGUCACUGCAAAACAACACAGUAGCUUGACAGGUAUGUGCUCAUCUUAUGGUAAAAAUUUUUAGGAUGGAGAAUGUAAAUAAUAAGAAUGAGAACACUCAAAAAUGAUCUGGUUGUCCAAAGAUAUAAAACAAGAAUAUCGAUUAAUGUAGGAGUGCGAGUGCUUUUGCACAUUUUUUUUGCACACUUCUGCAGGUUUUAUUUAGAGCAUUAUACCAUAAACAUUUUUAAUAUUGUAUCAUAUAUUUAUUUAAUACUAGUUCUUUAUAGACAGUUGGCCUUAAUUAGCUUCUUUAUAGCUAUUAGACGUUCAUUUAGUACGCCAACUUUUAACAAAUUAUUCGUUAUUUCUAUAUUAUUAUUAUUAUUGUUAUAGGAGGGGCAAGAAGGGUCAGAAUGCCCUAUUGAUUAAAGUACCUUCGAAACCGACCAAAUGUAAUAAUCAGAGAGGUUCAUAUGAAAUUCUGAUUGCAGUGCUCAAUUCAUGACGACAUUUCUUAGAAUUUGUAAAAUAAAUCCUUAUGCUGAAAGUUAGCCAAUUUUUCAAAUACCUACAGAAGAUCGAAAUAAAACGGCAGUUAGUAGAAGGAAUUAGUAGAAGCUGGGAGUUGUCUUUCAAAGGCCCUUUUACUCAAGCUUGCCCCCUUGCCCCUUGGUCGUUCCGGCGUCCCUGGUUUCCUCCGGGUCUCUUUGUGGGGGAAGAGGGCUUGGGUUCACUCUUGAUGUUAGUUCUUUCUUUGUUAAUUUGCAUCUCAGGAUGGGGGCUUUUAAGAGAAAAGCGGAUUCACCAAGAAAAGAAUGAACCAAUAUUACUAUCCAGCAUAACGUCUUCAGAAUAUAUGUCGCGUUGUAGCGAUUUCUCAUCAAAGUCCUCCGAUACAUUAAUUAUGUGGCUGUUUAAAUUUUUAAAUGUUUAACAAUUGCUAUUGAAUACAUAUCUGGGCAAGCAACAAUCAGGUAUUAAAAAACAUUGAAUGUUGAGACUGGUGGCAAAGAAACAGUUGUUAUAUCAACAAAAUUUUGUUAAUGCAUUUUUUGAAUUUGAUUGAAUAAAUAGAAUCGACAAUGAACAUUUUAAGCCUUCGCCUGGGGCAUGCAAUGCAGCAGAUCUCUCGUAGCUUUCACGACUUAAAGAGAGUUGUGUCAAACAGAUGAACAGGACCAGAAAUGCAGAUUGGCAAGGAUAUUAGUUUGAUUAAGCUUCAUCAUAGUAAACCAUAAAAAUACACCAACCCUCAACAGAAACUAAACAGCAUUUACUUUGAGGCAGCGACAUUAAACAUUCCGAUAAAUAGAAAGGAAACCAGCCAAGUGAGAGCACUAUGUUGUUUUUAUGCUUGCUCUCGGUGUUACUUUUGGCAGGAUUUUCUGGAAGUUCCCAAGAUUUGUGGCAAAGGAUUAACAGAGGAGGAUCAACAGAUGUCAUUGCUACAAGUAAACAUGCCUUGUACCAAAUAGACAUUGCAAAGGGACUCAAGUCCCUUCAUGACGAUGGGGGAUUCGUUAAAAUGAUGAGCGACGUCAUUGAUGUUGAUGCCAAUGAUGAUUAUGGAAUUUGGAUAACUAACAUUUAUUCACAGAUAUUUUUUAGGGCCGGCGUGUCAUCCACCAAUAUGUUAGGUACAGGAUGGGUUCAGACAGACGGAUUGCUAAAAGGAAUAACUACUGGACGUUAUGGCCUGGUCUUAGGGCAUAACGCUGCCACAUUGGUAUAUAAAAGGAGUGGAAUAACGUCAUCGUCACAUUCUGGAAGUGGUUGGCUGGGUGUAUCGGGCAGUGGUUUGAUUAAGGAAUCGUGUGCAAGAAAAGUUUGUUUUUGUGUUAACAGCUAUCGUCAUCUUUACACUACUGGUCUUAUGGAUGAUGCGAAUCCUCCCUCUUGGACUGCACCUUGGAUUUAUAUAUAUCCGAAUGUCAAAGACAUAUCUGCCUAUGGAGAGAAGACACUCUGGAAACUAGACACAAACGGAUUCAUAUGGGAAGCGGUCAACGUAUACGACAGCAAUUUCAUUAAGUUUACUUGGGAACGACGCGGCUAUCAACAACAGGCUUUCAAAGAUGUAGCAGUAACUGACAAGAAAGCUUAUGCACUUGGCACAGAUGGGAAUAUAUACGUUCUGACUGGUUGCCCGAUUUUCGACUUUGAAGACAACGACCUUUCCGAAUGGGAAAAAACUGGAACCGUUUUCGAGAUGCAACCGACAUUCAGCCAAAGCUCAGUUGUGGGAGCAAUAGGCAAAGUUGGAAAACGAUGCAUAGAUACUUUUACAUCGAACCAAAAUGCAACGAUUGGUGAUUCCCCGGUCGGAAUAGCAAUAUCACCAUUGUUUCAGAUACGAACAAAUAUGCUGCAUUUCACAGUUGGAGGGGGUUCACACCCUAACAAUUAUGUUGGAUUAGUGAUUGAUGGAGUUGAAAGAUUUCAAAGCUCAGGGAAAAGUGUGGCUAAAACAUCAUCAACAGGGACAGUGCGCAUGGGAAGGUACUGGUGGGACGUAUCAACCUAUAUAGGCAAAUGUGCCAGUGUUAAGAUGGUUGACUCAUCGCCCGCACAUUGGGGACAUACGCUUUUUGAUGAUUUGAGGGCAUCACCACCUUGUUUCAAAGGUAUGGAUGCAGUCUUGACAAGGGUUGGUCAGGAGAGAACGGUUUCCAUAGGACAGGCUGUUAAACAUUCUUUGAAACUGAAAGGGUUCUAUACAUCGGCUUUGAGACCAUUGUUCAUAACAGCCAAAGUCCCUACCAUGAAUGGACAUCCUUUAAUCUACUUUGAAGAUAUCUCUAUCGUUUCAACAACUUGCAAAACAAAUGGCACGAUCAGCAAGAAAAGGUUAUUCACCAAGAGUGGACAUGCCCAUAGCAUCACUGGAACCAUAAAAAAUCUAUUGUCUGAUGCGACGAUUGAAAUUUCAGCUCGUGCUUAUGACAACGAUAAGAUACAGAUUGGUUCCCCAUUUGCUACGAAGUUUUUUGUAGCCGUGAUGUUUAUGGACGAGUACAUAAGAACCUUUGAAAGAGACAUGGAGAUCCUGAGGCAUGGCAACGAAAGUGCCUCUCUACUUUACCAAGGAGAAAUUAUGGAGAAACGACGUUUCUUUGUUGGGGAAAACGUAACCUUUAAAGUGCAAGUGUCCCACAAAUACAACAUGUCGGUUUCUAGAGCUUAUAAGGUAAACAUAAGACUUACUGUACCGGAAUUCAUGACAGUUGUCAAUGUUACUGGUGUAGAAUCGUCAUUUGGAGAUGUUGAUACGUUCGAUUCUGGAAAGUCGAGAAGCAUUUGGAUACCCGAACUUUUCCUUGGUGAUAACAGAACAAUAAUUUUCGCCAUAAGCAUAGAGAACUUGUCAAAAUGGAAACAGAAAAAAGGAAGAAUCUACAAAGGUGAGAUUCUCCUUGAAAAAGCUUACUUCUGUCCUCGUAAAGAUUGUCGAAAUGAAAAUAGUUCUAGCAUUGAGAUUAUAAUACUGACGACGGAGAGAUUCUACAGUUUCAAUUUCUCAUAUAAUGAAACAAAGCGAGUUGUGAAUGACGUCAUAACGAGGAUAUACGACAAAAAUGCGUCUAUAUUAUUCGUGUGUGUCAGGUACAGCGAAUUCAUCCGGAGAAAUGGUCAAAACUGUUAUUUUGGCAACGUAUCGACAAAUUCAUGGCAGCCUUUGAGCAAAAUCAUCACCAAUGUUACAUUUUUCGAUAACACAAACAUGGAGCUUUAUGGUUUAACUAAAUCCCAGAAGCUGGUUAGACUGUUUGGAAAGAAUUAUUCGGAAUUGGUGUAUUUGACGCAACACGAAUGGAAUGAAAUAAUUGAAAAUGGAAAGGUGGUAUUAUUGAGUUCCAGCAGCCUCGUGUCAGUUGAUUCCGUCAACGAGCAAAAUGUCCAAAUGCUCUCUGCAAUCUACAGAUUGAGCUGCUGCCUGUAGACAUUUUAUUGAAUAUAUGACAUUUGCAGCAUUUAAUAUCUUUGAAGAUUAUGUUUAACUCCAGAAACUUUACCUUCACUAAUCCUUUAAAUCAUUGUUGAUUCUAAAAAACUGGGACAUUUAAACGGGCCUACUUAUCCAAUAAUGAACAUAGAUAAUUUUUGAGUAAGACUCGCUUUUUCUAUCGUGAUGACCAGAGCCAUCUCAGGCAGGAGUAACUUUUAAGAAAUAUAGACACUACCCUUUAUAGGAAUCACACAUUCACGGGCCCCCUAAGGAUGAGGUUUCUGGGGCUUCUUACCCCAGGCAUCCCUCUCCCAAUGCACUUGGCCGUUUGCUUUAAUUGUAGAUUCUCAAACAAUUCUGCAAUUCUGGAGCAAUGUAAAGAAACUGUCCAUUUACCAAAGAACCGAGAUACAGGGUCCCCCCAACAAGGUAGUAGCACAGGGCCUCCGAUGAAGGGGGCCCGGGGGAGGCAUAGCCCCUCCACUUUUUUGGAAAGCAAUAGAGCUUUUUUUAUGAUCUUUAGUUAUGUUUGUUAAAAUCUCC